UGCUCCUCUUCCUGCCCCCAGGCGGCGCUGUUGUCCUCAGCUGUGGAUCACAUGGACGUUCAGAUCAACGACCUGCGGCUUCCCCCUCCACAGUGAACAGACCGGAGCUGGCUGACGGACUGAACACCUCGGAUCUGCAGUCAUGUUUCUCUGCCUGCUGGGCCUGGUGGUCCUCUUCUUGGUCUACCGCUGGAUCAGAGAGCUGCCCAGAGUGUCCGACAAGGGCAGCAAGUAUGUCUACAUCACCGGCUGUGACAGCGGCUUCGGGAACCUCCUGGCCCGGCAUCUGGACAAGAAGGGCUUCAGAGUGAUCGCCUCGUGUUUCACUGAGAAGGGAGAGGAGGACCUGAAGAAGGCCUGCUCCAGCAACCUGACCACCACGCACCUGGACGUCCGGUCCAAGGACAGCGUGGAGAAAGUGGCGACCAUGAUCAAGGCCAAGGUUGGGGAGAGUGGCCUGUGGGCUGUCGUGAACAACGCCGGUGUUUCCGUUCCCUCGGCGCCGUGGGAUUGGCUGACCAUCGAUGACUCCAAGUCCAUGCUGGAUGUGAACCUGGACGGGGUCAUCGCUGUGACCCUGAGCGUCCUGCCGCUGAUAAAGAAAGCCAGAGGCAGGGUGGUGAACGUGGCCAGCGUGUUUGGGAGGAUCAGCCCUACCGGGGGUCCGUACACCGUCUCCAAGUACGGCGUUGAAGCGUUCAACGACGCCCUCAGGAUAAACAUGGCCCCCUUUGGUGUCAAAGUCCUCUGCAUCGAGCCGGGCUUCUUCAAAACCAAUGUGACCGACACUGCCAUCCUGAGCAAGAACGUCAAGAUGCUGUGGGAGCGACUGCCUCAGGACGUCAGGGACGACUAUGGCAGUGAAUAUCUCCAGAAGUCGCUGGCAUUGAUAUCAGACAAAGUUGCGAAGAUGAGCGAUGGAGACCUGAUGAAGGUGGUCCACUGCAUGGAGCACGCUGUGUCGGCUGUCCGGCCUCGCACUCGAUACUCCCCCGGCUGGGAUGCUAAGCUGUUCUGGCUGCCGCUGUCAUACAUGCCAACAUGUGUCAGCGAUUACAUCCUGCUUUCACAAGCCAUUCCUGUCGCCAGGCAGAUACAAUAAGUCUGUAUGUCUCCAUCUAGUUCAAGCAUUACCUUGUAUGUGCUGCUUGUAUGGAAUUCAAAGACUUCUUUCUCAGCCUGUCUGUAGUUGGGUUUCCAUUACAGUUUUUCGCAAAAUAAAAGCAAUAUUUCUAAAA